CUUGGACGCUUAUUUGAGAACGAAUAUUCUUCCAUAAAAUUCCCAUAUUCUGUAUUGCUGCCCUGGGUGCUGUUUUUGGAAUUUCCAGGUAGUUAUGGAAUGCUGGCAUACUAUUUCAAUGUUUUGUUUGCAUUUCUUCAAAUCACAUUCAACUGUGUAGUUGCAUAUUUUAGUGAUACUACUUGGCUUUUAGUUAUCUAUUGGAAUCUAAUUGAUGCAUGUGUGUAUGUUAUGGCUGUUGUGCAUUUACUAUUGUAAAUAACUGUUGUCAUCACUUUUUCGUAGGUGCUAUUGAUCGUCUGGGUCCAUCUGUGAAAUCUGAUUACGAAAAUGCUUUGAAAAAGGGGGAGUUACCAAUACUACGAGGAAACAUCGAUAUGUUUGGUGAAGAAGAUGCCGGCAAGUCUUCUCUUGGAGAUUCUUAUUUGGACGAGCCAUUUAUUGAUAAGAGGGAAAGCACAAGAGGAGCACACGUGAAAGUGAUGAGAAUUGGAGGCGGUUCGAACACGAACUGGAAGGAACUAAAACCAGAAGACAAAGAACAGAUCAUUGAUCAAGUUUUGGUCAGAGGCUAUCAUGAGUAUGUUGAAAAGCGUCGAGAAGGGGCAGCAGACAGUAGAGAAGAAGUAACACAAGACGACGAGGGAGAUUCUGUCAUCGAGCAGACAAGUCAACCAGCCGAACAACAUCCGUCGAGUAGUAGCAACACUGUAGCUUUAACAACAGAGAGACAGACAACCAGACGAGAAGGCAGCAUCACAGUAUUGAAGAAGUCGCUACACGAUUUUCUGUUCUCCACAGAACUAACCGAGGUGCAAGCAGCAUUUGCAGAUCUACUGCGUCGUGACAAGGCUGAAUUAGAGAAAAGUAAAAUGAUGAUGUUGAUCACAUUGUGUGAUCGUGGCGGUCAAGAGCGGUUUCUGAUGACGCACGCAGCACUGAUGGCAGACAGCAGUGACUACAGUGCAACCGCUUACAUGAUAGUGAUGGAUGGAACAAAGAGUCUUGCAGAUCCCAUACCUCAAUGUUUGUUCCGACCAAAACAAGGAAGCGAACAGUUGGUGAUGGAACGGUUUGGUCCUAAGACGAGACGUGAGCUGUUGGCUUACCACAUGAAUUGCAUCAAGAUGGCUCAUCCAUCAGUGAGUGAGGGUCCUUUUCUCGGUCAGGACUAUGUCAAGCGAGCACCAGUCACAUUUGCAGUGUCCACUCGAGAAGACGAAACAAAGAACAUGGAUCCAAAAUUUUUAGAGGAACAAGAAGAAAUACUGCAAGAUGUGGUGCAGAAGAACAAAUUUGGUGAGCACAUGGUGUUGGCAGAGAAAAAUCCGAAUAAACUGACUUUUCGUGUUGACAACACACGAUCUGGCACCAAGAAUCCUGAUCCGGUGGUGAUGAAGGUGAAGGAGAUAUUUGUAGCAAUGGUACGGUCACUGUGGAGUCAACGUCAGGCUAUUCCUUUGCCGUGGGCAGUUCUGGAUAAAUUGUUGGGCAGAGUGUCUCAACUGGCAGGCAAUGAAGGCAAAAUACUCGACAUCGAUGAAGUCUGUGAGUUGGCUCGAAAAUUCUGUGAUAUUGUAACAGUUGGAGAAUGUCGAUCGGCACUGAAAUAUUUGUCAAGUUUGAGCACGAUUGCAUUCUAUUCCAAUGUAAGUGAGUUAGAAAGAAAGGUUUUCACUGAUCUACAAUGGCUGGUCAAUGUCCUCACUGUGUUUGUGAACAUCUUUGAUAAGAAAUACAUUCCUUCAUAUUUGUGGAACGAUAUUGAGAAAGUGGAGAAGGAAGGAUUGAUGUCCUGGCGUUUGGCUCAGUAUUUGCUAGAGAACGAAGGAGUCAACGAGAAUCAGUUUGUGGCCAUCCUUCAAGUGAUGCACCUAUUCGACAUCAUCUGUCCCAUGAAUACGUCACCGGAGAUGCCGAAGUCUGUCUUGGCAGUUGGGCAGUCAUUUUUCAUUCCCUGCUUGUUGGCACAAAUAUAUGAGAGGCAGAUGGUAUGGCAACAGAAUGUCGGUUCUACUCGGUUUCCUCCAUCUCUGAUUUUUCGUCCCGAGGGAUUUGAUGCGACUCCCGAGGUGAUCUACUUUCGCCUGGUGUCUCGUUGUGCCAGUGAAUAUGCCCAUUGUCCCAUGCUGAAAAGAAGAUAUGCUGUCUUCCAUGUGAAUGAUGAUCUUGAGCUCGAUCUGGAACUGGUUUAUCAUAAACUGCGUUACAUUAUUGCUACUGUCGACUUUCCAGAUGAUGAAAUUUGUAUGAAUGAGCUGAAACAACAAUGUAGCAUUACUCGUUGUUUUCUUAUUCGUCAGCUAAAUGAGGUCAAGAAAAGAGGAUUGGAUGGCAUCAAAUUUACUGUUUGUGUUAAACCUCCACCAACUGAAGCUGAAGUAGCUGAUUUAAUAGACGACGAUUGUCUGGUGUGCAUUGAUGAAUAUCCACAACAAAGAAGUUUGAUAAACCGGAAGAAUGAGCGUGUGCCACGAAAGCAGUUUCCUACUUUGGAUCUCUGGUUUAAUGACGCAGAGAAAGUCUCUGAUUUUGCAAUUGGACGUGAUGCAAGACAACAAGACGAGCCACAGACAAAUGUUGGAAAAGGAGAUGAUGAACAGCAGGACAUAAAAGAACCGCUAAAGAAGAAGAAAAAAUUGAUGGUAAAGGAAGUAUCAGGAUACUCACUUGAUUUUGAUACAGUGAGAGAUGCUGUUGUUAAAUAUGGCUGUAACCAGUGGUACGAGAUUGGACUCAAAUUGGGACUAAAAGGCGAUAAUAUCAAAGGAGAAACUCAUGAAAUACCUUUUCCCACUGGAAAGUUGUUGGCUGUCAUUGAGGCAAAAAGGAGGCAAGAUGGAAAAGUGAAAACAGCAGAGGACUUGUUGAGGGCAUGUUAUUGCAUACCCAUACCAAUUGACAAAGAAGUCGAAGAUGAAUUGAAGAAAGAGAGAAAAAGGUAGGCGAGUAGCAACAGGAGGCAAUGAUGGAAGUGAACACAAUUGCAGUAGUAUUGUUGAUAUCACUAUGGUAUAUUGACAUUUAUAUUUAUCAAAAGAAAGAAUUGUAAAUGUUUCUGUUGCA